GCUCGUACUCUGUCAGACUUCGUCCCUGCUGGCCGCUCGCCUGCCUAGUCGGUAGGGUGGAUGACCUGUAGAAAGUGACCCUCCAGACUUCAGCCGGCUGCCACCAGAUUAUUUCCUCAAUAGGGAUAAACCAAACUAAGCAUGCCGCCAUCGACACUGCUACUGCUGGUGGCAGUUCUGGGAAAAGGGUGUUCGGCAGCCGACAACAGCGGCGCGGAACAGAUUCACCUGUCCUUCACCGAUGACGUCACCACCAUCCAGGUCACCUACAGCACCUUCCAGCCGGUGAAGGCUUCGGCCAGAUACGGCACAGACCAGCCCGACACACUGGUGGAAGGCAUUACCACUCCGUUUGCUCAGGAUGAAAACGGAACUCACCUUCAAUACAUUCAUCGCGUGUCUCUGACCGGUCUGUGUCCGGGGGAGCGGCACGUCUACCAGGUGCUCGGUCCGGCCGGAUGGUCCGAGGUGUUCUGGUUCCGACCCAUGCAGGAGGGAAGCGACUGGAGCCCCCGGCUGGCCGUCUACGGAGACCUGGGCACUGUGAACGGAGUUGCGCUGCCGUUCAUCGUAAACGACACCCACAAUGAGAUGUACGACGCGGUGCUGCACGUCGGCGACUUCGGGUACAACAUGUUCAACGAGGAGGGUGAGGUGGGCGACACGUUUAUGCGUCAGAUCCAACCGGUAGCCGCCCACCUGCCCUACAUGACCUGUCCCGGAAACCAUGAGUACCACGCCAACUUCUCCAACUACAAAAACAGGUUUAGUAUGCCCGGUGGCACGGAAGGCACGUACUACAGCUUCGACAUGGGUCCCGUUCACUUCAUCUCCAUAUCUACCGAGUUCUACUACUUCCUGGAGUACGGAUUUGAACAGGUCUUCUCACAAUACAAUUGGCUGGUCUCCGACCUUGAGGCCGCCACUGAGCCUUCAGCUCGAGCCGCCCGACCGUGGAUCGUCCUGUACGGCCACCGUCCCAUGUACUGCACCAACCGGGACAUGGAUGACUGCACCAGGGUGCAUGACAGGGUCAGGAUCGGCGCUCCCAACCACGACCCACCAAUUCCCGGUCUGGAGGACCUGCUGAUGCAGUACGGAGUCGACCUGGCCGUCUGGGGCCACGAGCACUCGUACGAGCGCAUGUGGCCGCUGUAUAACUACAGGAUCUACAACGGGACGGACAGCGAUCCGUACCGUAACCCGGGCGCGCCAGUACACAUCGUCACCGGAUCAGCGGGCUGCAAAGAGAACCUGAACCCGUUCUUCCCCAUCAAGAUGCCGUGGACGGCCUUCCGGAGUCUGGAGUACGGCUACUCCCGCUUCACGUUCCACAACACCACCCACAUGUCCAUCGAGCAGGUGGAGACCACCCAGGAGGGCGCCACGGCGGUCAUCGACGAGGUCACGGUCGUCAGGGAGUCGCACGGGCCCUACGAGCUGCUGAAGAAGACCGAGCGCGGCUACCUCUAGGACUUAGAGGAAGCCUUUGUCUGCUAUUUUAGAACCUUGCGUUCCUAUUCUGAAGGAAAUGGCAUAGAUCAAUAUCUAACGUUUUGAUGUUUUACAUUAAUGAUAAGUUUGAUUUACCCUGAAUUUUUGAUCCACUCACACUGUAAUUGCAACGCAGACUUGUUCAGAGUUAUAACACAUAUUCACACAUGAAUGUAGAUAACGGUAUAAAACGGCGUUGACGAUCGUUUUAUGACAGCUUCAUAGCAUCGACGUGGAAUCGUUUAUCGAAUGAAUACAUGUUGAAUUAUCUC